UUCCUGAUGGUGGUGGUUUCCGGAGGAUUGAAUCAGCAAAGGAAUCAAAUUAUUGAUGCAGUUGUCAUUGCUAGAAUUCUUGAAGCCGCAUUGGUUGUACCAGUUUUGCAGGUCAAUCACAUUUGGGGAGAUGAAAGCGAAUUCUCUGACAUCUUUGAUGUUGAACAUUUUAAAAAGACUCUACAAGCUGACGUUCGAGUUGUGUCAUCGCUGCCCUCCACACAUUUGGUUUCAAGACAGACAGUUGAAACUCAAAUUCCGUACCAUGUUCCUCCACUUUGGAUCCGCGCCAGAUUCUUCAAACAAAUUAAUCAAGAAGGCGUUCUUGUACUGAAAGGGUUGGAUUCUAAGCUCUCAAAGAAUCUGCCACCAGAUCUUCAAAAGCUUCGAUGCAAGGUAGCUUUCCAUGCACUAAGAUUUGCAGCUCCAAUCCGGGAGCUUGGAAAUCGGCUUACUAAAAGGAUGUGGAUUGAAGGUCCAUACAUUAGCAUCCAUCUCCGGCUAGAGAAGGAUGUGUGGGUCAGAACUGGAUGUCUUACCGGUUUAGGACCCGAAUACGACCACAUUAUCAGCAAGGAGAGGGACUCUAACCCUGACUUCCGCACCAGAAGGUUGGACAUGACCUACAUUCAGAGGCGACUUGCUGGACUAUGCCCUCUUAAUGCACUAGAAGUGGUUAGGCUCAUCAAGGCUCUGGGGGCACCAAGCAAUGCACGAAUUUAUAUUGCAGGAGGAGAGCCAUUUGGGGGCACCGAGGCAUUGAAGCCACUUGUGGCAGAAUUUCCAAAUGUGGUAACAAAGGAGAUGCUGGCACGAGAAGGCGAGCUUGCACCGUACAUCAAAAGAUCCUCUGUUUUAGCUGCCAUUGACUACAUUGUCUCGCUGAGCAGCAAUGUCUUUGUACCUUCUCAUGGAGGUAACAUGGCCCGAGCCAUGCAGGGUCACCGUGCGUAUGUGGGACACCGAAAAUUCAUAAAGCCUAACAAGCGCAUGAUGCUUCAUUUCUUUGAAGAAGGAUCCAUUCCUGAUACAGAGUUCAGCAGCAUCAUGAAGAAGCUGCACAGGAGAGCUUUGGGACAGCCUGAGCUGAGGACUAACAAGAGAGAUCGGGACGUGGUUGCGUACCCCGUGCCUGAAUGCUUGUGUAAACAGUAGCACAUCAUACAAUAUUUUUAUCAUUUUAACCAGUUGACUGUCACUGAAAAUCUGUAUCUCAUUUGGGUUUUUUUUUUUCUUCUCCCCUUCUUUUUCUUCCUUUUUGUUCUUCCUAAAUCAUAAGCAUGCAUUGUUCAGAUUGCAUUCUUCAUUGUUUCCCCUUUUUUGUUGGUGUGAUCUGUCUUUCUUAUAUCCCUUUGAAGUUUGGAUGAUGAAUCAUAUUUUAUGACACAAAAGGGAAAUUCAAAAUAAAAGACAUUAUAAAACUUCUUAUAGCCCUUUGAAGUUUGGAUCAUAUGUUUUAGCACAAACAAUAAGCACUGAUGAAUCAGAUUUUAUGACACAAGGGCAAUUCAAAUUAAAAAAACAUGAUACAACUAAAAAAGUAGUAUUCAUUUGGGAACAAAAGUAAUUCAUGAAAUUGUUUGUUUUCUAGACCAAAUUAGUUGAUGAAAUAACAUUCAAGGAUACUACUGUUGUGAACUCAAAUCUACCUUCCAUUAAAUCUGUUAGUAAUCUGUUUAGUAAUACUUGAUGAUUGAUAAGUUUGGACAUAACAGAACUCUUUUCUUCUUUUUUUUCUUUCUUUUUUUUUUUUUUUCCCUCUUCUUCUUCUUCUCUUUUCUUUUUUUUUUUUUUUUUUCCCAAUUGAAAACCAUGUUUUAAGUCUCUU